GUCUUACCGGCCUCGGCUCUGUUGCCUGUGGUGGGGAACGGGUACUACUUGUGACCUAGUUGAAUGGUAAAUUUUUCCUGUUUCUUCUCGGGUGGUGGUCGAGCCUUCUCCUCAGUUCAUAAGCAGCUCAGAAAUCAUCAUUCAGCAAGACGCUCCCUUUGGACCCCCGCCAACACAAACCUCCGCCUACGCCCUCCUUCACCGCUCCCUUAAAACCGCAAAUAGGCGCCGUCUGAGACGUCCGCUACCCUUCGGCAACUCCGUCCUCACACGUCUCAUCAGAGGGGUUUUACUUUCUCCCCUUGCCUCUCGGCGGUCACCCAUUUCCACCCUUUGUUUUUCUUUCUUUCCUCUUCCUUCACUUUUUGCCCCUCGCCAAUAUGUCUUCGAGUGCCACUGCGCCUUCGCUGACUUCAGCUACCCAGCGUCAGCAGGCCAAGCCCGAGGCCGUGGCAGCUGCCACUACCGCAAAGAAGGCAGCCACCACCGAUGGACGCUACUCGCACCGUCAGGCCAAGUCCUUCAAGAAGGACGAGCUCAAGCAGUUUCGCGUGCCUGACUUGACCGUCAAGGAUCUCCUCUCGUCGAUCCCGGCGCACUGCUUUGAGCGCUCGGCUCUCAAAUCGUCUGCCUACGUCGUUGUCGACUUUACCCUCGUUGGUCUCUUGGGUCUCGCUGCAUCGUACAUCGACCCUACCCUGUCAUCGUUUGACUUUGCCAAGUCGUCUCCCCUCACACCCUACCUCUCGGCUUCGUGGCAGUACUCGCUUGCCCGUUUCGCCCUCUGGUCCGCCUACGCCUUUGCCCAGGGCCUUGUCUUUACCGGCAUCUGGGUCAUUGCCCACGAGUGCGGCCACCAGAGCUACAGCGCUAGCAAGACGAUCAACAACACCGUUGGCUGGUUCCUCCACUCUGCUCUCCUCGUUCCCUACCACUCGUGGCGCAUCUCGCACGCUCGUCACCACGCCGCCACGGGCCACCUUACGAGGGACGAGGUGUUUGUGCCUCGCACGCGCGCCCAGAAAGGCCUCCUGCCCCUGCAGCCUGCCGGCACCCAAGCGGCAGGAGGCAGCAGCGACGAGUCGGACGACGAGCAGGUCGAUGCCCUCGUUGGAGGUGCAGCCAACCAGUCGCAGCAGCAGCAGCAGCAGCCCACCGAGGAGACCUGGGGCGAGUGGAUCGCCGAGACGCUCGAGGACGCACCCCUGUACAACUUCAUCUACAUCAUCAUCCAGCAGCUCUUUGGCUGGCCUCUGUACCUGAUCCAGAACUCGUCUGGCCAGCUCCACUUCCCCAAGGGCACCAACCACUUUGACCCCAACUCGAUCAUCUUUGACGCCCGCCACCGCUCCCAGGUUCUCAUCUCCGACGUCGGCAUCGCACUCACCCUCUCGACUCUCUUUGCCUGGGGCACGCUCUCGUCGGGCGGCUUUGCCGAGGUUGCGCGCUACUACAUUGCCCCUUACCUCUGGUGCAACCACUGGCUGGUGAUGAUCACGUACCUCCAGCACACCGACCCGGCCAUCCCCCACUACACGGCCGACAGCUGGACGUUCCCCCGUGGCGCUCUGUGCACCGUUGACCGCCAGUGGCUCGGCCCCGUCGGCCCUUACCUCUUCCACGGCAUCUCAGAGACCCACGUUCUCCACCACGUCUCGUCCAAGAUCCCCCACUACAACGCCUGGGAGGCCUCCGAGGCACUCAAGCAGCGCCUCGGCGAGCACUACCAGUCGUCGGACGAGAACGUGUUUGUGAGCCUGUGGAAGUCGAUGCGCACCUGCAAGUUCGUCGACGAGUCGGACCGCAUCUGCUUCUACAAGGACGCCCAUGGAGUCCCUCGCACUGCCGUUGCUCCCGACAGCGGCUACAACUCCGAUUCGGGUCUGGCCAUGUCGGAGUGAUUGGCUCUAUCAUCGUCACCAUGUCAUUCUUCUUAUACAUCUAGCCUCCUGUCCUGUCUUUUAAACCCGCCUUCCCUCUUCCGCCUAACCUAACGUAAAAACCCUAGAGAUGCAAGAUGAUGAGCCGUGGCAAUAGACGUCGAAUCGCACCUUCAAAGCUGCCUG